AUGGUUUCGGUUACGAAAGCUCUUGCUUUGACGUCCAGUAGUACAACAUUGGUAAAUGCAAAUACACACACUCUCGAGAUCGAAGAAGGAAAGCCCCCUGAGCACUAUCAGCAAGUAGUUCGGAAAAGCAAAAAAUUGCCGAGCGACUACGACACUGGAGUUAAGCGUGCAAGAUACCGCACCAACUAUGAGAGGAAUCUUCUCGGUCUUCUGAGGUACAAUUACUCGGAGUGGGAAGACCAGGUUAUUUCUGAGUCCACUGCUCAAGCAUGGGAGUUUCAUGUCUCCGCUGCAUCUUCGGGCUGGAGAACCCAUCUGAAACAGUACGUGGUGGUAUCUAAGUCCUCGCCUGUGUACAAAUACGCAGAAGACGGAAAUAUUGUCGAGCUCAAGAAGCUCUUUUCUCAAGGACUCGCCACGCCGUUUAGUUUGAGUGAACAAGGUAGCACGCUACUUCAUAUUGUAAGUUCGACUCAGACAUUACGACUCCAUCAUCCAAAUAACCAUUAUGCAGGUCGCCGAGGGCAGGAGAAAUAG